CCCUGAUAUUUCAAGUUGAAACACGAUCAGCCAAUCAGAAUGACCGAUAAAAUGAAUUCACUCGCUAAUUGAGAUAGCACCUUUAGCGUCGUAAUUUGACGUUUCGUUAGUCUUUAGGUUAUGUAUUAUUAGUCUUUAUCAUGUAUUGAAAGAAAUAUAUAGUAUUUUAAUUGAAUAUACGUGCAAAAUUAUGGCACGAAAAAUACGUAUUAUGUUUGCAACCGCGACAACACUAGGUAUAUGUAUCUUAGUAUUUCAGUUAUGCUUACUGCUUUAUGGCCAUAGAAAUCUUUUUUUCUCAGAUGAUGAUACACCGGUCAUAUUAUGGUGGACACCGUUUGGUAGUAAUAAUCAAGCGAAAACUUGCGGAAAUGUUAAAUGUUACGUUACACAUGACAGAAGAUUUGAGAGAAAUGCGCUGUUAAAAAGUAUUUUGUUUUAUGGGAGUGAUUUCCAUGUUCAUGAUUUACCUAAUCACAAGAGUAGUGCCAUAUCGUGGGGCUUGCUUCAUGAAGAAUCUCCUAGAAAUAAUCCCAUACUCGUUCAUGAAGAAGCUCUUAAUCUCUUUAACUAUUCUUCGACUUUUAGCAGAUUUAGUGAUGUGCCACUCAUCUCCUUUUAUUUACCUAGACUAGAAGAAUUAAUAGGGAAAUCAUAUUACGUGUCUACCAAAGAGAAAACUGUAUUAAUACGCACAGAAAAUAUAGCACCAGUAUUAUAUAUUCAAUCCGACUGUGAUACUGCUAGCGAUAGGGAUCGUUACAUCUUAGAAUUGAUGAAACACAUUAGAAUUGAUUCUUAUGGUGCUUGCUUAAAUAAUGCUCGACUUGACGAGAGAUUGAGAAAUAAUUAUCUCGAUAUCUUGAAUGGCCAUGAAUUCUUGUCGUUUGUGAGCAAAUACAAAUUUACUAUAGCUUUUGAAAAUGCGAUUUGUGACGACUAUGUCACAGAAAAACUGUGGCGGCCGCUUAUUGUUGGCUCCGUACCUAUAUAUUAUGGAUCGCCAUCUUUUAAGGAUUGGUUGCCAAAUAAUAAAUCCGCUGUUUCGAUAUUAGAUUUCGCCAGUCCUCUAGAACUUGCCAGUUUCUUGCAUAAACUUUCGAAAAAUGAUUCCGCGUACGAAGAGUACUUGUCUCACAAGUUAGGUGAGCGGGAAUAUCAGGUUACAAAUCGUAGAUUACUGGAAGUGUAUAGGAGAAAGCCGAUGGGAAUUCCUGAUGAAUUUGGCAAUUACGUAGAAGAAUUCGAGUGUUUCGUGUGCAAACGAAUACACAAUCGCAAGAUAGAAACUAGUGUAGUAACAAGGAGACAAUACGAUUGUCCUUCGCCAAGGGAUCCCGUAACGGGUGAGAUCACAAAGCGUAACUGGUGGAUGACACAGUGGAACAUUGAAAAAUGCGGAGCUAAACUAUUGGCUCAUUACAUAACUCGAAACAUCAGUAUUAACAUAAGUCACUUUGAUGAACAAAAAAUGUCCAUGCAUGACAAUAAGGAAUGUUGAGACACAUGGAAGAAGUGUUUCUCAAUGAUUUUUCAAAUACUCGAUUAUGCCAUAAAGUCAGAUAGUAUAUCUCAUAUAAUUAGAAGUACGAACACUUGUAAAUCUGAAUGCAAGUAUUUCUAUUUUAGUAUUACAGAAAUAUUUUUUACACAAUUCUCAUUCUCUGUAUAAAAUAAUACAAUAGAAAUUAUAAAAUGCAUUUUACAAAAUAUAUAGGCCUGCACAUGAUGGAAAAAAAAUUAUGUAUCCUUACAUGUGCAUAUACAUAUGUACAAUAUUUUUAAACUGCAAACAGUAUUGCAAUUUAGUAUUAAAGUCUUAACUUGACCGUAAAAACUGCCAAAACUUCUGCUUUAGUUAUUUAGCAUAUUCAAUUAAAGUUAUCUUGCUCUGUUAUGUGUUAUAUAAAUAUAAGAAUAAAAUAUAAUUCUUUAUAAA